AUGUUUGAUAGGCUGCCACUGGAGCUUCAGUUUGCUGUAUUUGCUUUCUUACAACCUCCAAUUGCCAUACCAAAGUUCACCUUUGUGCCGACAUACGGUGAUUUGAGAUCAGUAUCACAGACAUGUAAACAGUGUAGGGGCGCAGUGUUACGAUACCUACGCUCGAGGGUAUCGUUAUGUCGACAGUACGAGGCACAGCAGCUGAAAGAGGAUGGCGAUAAGCUAGCAGAGCACCUCUGGGAUGCAUGGCGCACGGAUGUUAAGGAGCUGGAAGUGCACUCGUCAAUGUGUCUUGAUGAUAUCGUUUCGAAGUUCGGCAAUGUUGCGAGUGUAACAAUACUUGGAGGGCCUGGGAAGAUGGGGAGCUGUUUCUCCAUACCGUCUGGGCUGGAGCAUCUGGCAUUAAGCUUACAGCACCAGAGGAUUACAUGUGACGGGCGAACCAGGCUCAGAAGGUUAGAUAUCGUCAUCAAUGCCGAUAUUGAGCCAAGUACGCUGGAUGACCUAACUUGGUGUUGCAGGCUGCAAGAGUUGAAUGUGAUGGCCAGUGACAGUACCAAUCUCUUGCGACAUGAGCCUCUUAUGUUGGUACUCCCAAGCUUCAACCACCUUGAGAAACUGACGCUGAGAAAGUACAACUACUCUAAGGUGACGUCUGCUGGUGGACACUAUACCCGGAUGUUCGCUGAAGAUUCUUUCCGAAUACUGAACUCCUUACGACUGAAGGAACUGUCAUUAGACCUCAUCCAUCUAAGAGGCGAUGACAUCAAUUGGGUGGAGUCAGGACCUGUGAGGGCUGACAGACCACGGUUGACGUUGACAAUUGUACAACCCACAGUGGAGUCUCUAUGGGACGAUAGGGACAGCAUUCCAUUGUUAUUUGCUAUGAGGUCUCUAUCAAGAGGGUACAGGGUUGUUUCAUUAAAACAUCCAUAUGGACUACAAACUCAGACACAGCUGAGAACACCAACUAUGAACAUGUACAGCUUAGGUUACAACUCGGAGCUCGAAGUGGAAGAUUUCCAAUUGAUGCGUGCCUGGGAGACCGUUGAUGAUGAAAUACUGCGACAGGAGAUGGAGGGCGACCAUAAGGAGCUGUGUUCAUGGCAACGAGUAAGAGGAUCGUCGCCUACUUAUAGAACGUGGAGUUUGUUCAAAGUGGAAAGAGGCAGCGGUGGGACCAAUGAAACCAUUAUAAAGAUGAUAGGUGAGUCGGACAACACAUUGGACUUUUGGAGUACAGAGACGGUUCUUUCAAACGUGGCAAAGCAUAGCAUUGAGCGGAAGAAGACAUCGUUAUGGGACUAA